AUGAGGCACCUCUGCCACGAGCGCGAUGAGCUCCGGGCCACCAGCAGCUCGCUGACGGUGGAGCUGCAGCAGGCCUUGGGUGCCGUCGAUCACCUGGAACGCCGCUUGCAGCAGCAGGCCCAGGAGGCAGAGCAGCUGCAAGAGCAGCACCGGCGACAGCUGGAAGCUGCGGAGUGCGAGUUCGUGAACGAGAGCAUGCCCUACCAACAACGCCUGGGCGAGCUUGAAGCACAGCUCGCACACCAAGAGCAGAAGUUCUUAGAGCGGGAGGCCGUCGCCUACCGGGAGCGUGACAAGGAGCGUGCUGAGCUGGAGGCGGCCAAGGAAGAGCUUCAGCGGCGUGAAGCCAUGCAGGAGCGCCGUGCCCGGGAGCUCCGGGACGAGGUGGAGCGCGCCAAGGCGGCGCAGUGCGAGCUACAAGAGCUCAGAAAGGAGAUGGCUGAAGUGGACAGUGCCAGAGAGGCCGCCGACCGCAGCCGCGAGGCCGCGGAAGGCGAGCUGAAACUGGAGAGCGCCCGACGGAGAUCGCUGGAGCAACGGCAGCAGGACUUGCAACAGCAGGUGGAAAAGCUACAAAGCUCCACCACAGGUGGUGUCAAAGAGUCGGAGCUGCAGCUCCGGAUGCAGGUCAGUGCAGUGACCCAGCAGCGGGACAACUUGCAGCAGGAAGUGCUCAAGCUGCAAAAACGCGUCGAAGCGCAACGUGCAGGCGAUGCGCAAACGCAGAUGGCACAACGAUUCGAGCUGGCCUUGCAAGCCAUCGGCAAGCUGCAGGAAGAGCUGGAAGCUUGCCAAGCACAGAGGGAUGCAUUCCAAAAGAAAUGUCAGCAACUGGCGGGCCAAGGAGCUGGCGCCUGA